GUAACAAACAUGGCGCCCUCGUUGUAAAAACAUUGUGUGAAGACGAAGAAAGAGUAAACAAACUCGUCCAGAAACAACAGUGUUCCUCCUACUGUGAUGGCUUGACUCCCAAUCACACCGGCCAACAUGGGGAAGGAGAGGAAGUGCAUUCUCUGUGACAUCAUCUAUAAUUCAAAGCAGGAGAUGGAUGAGCACAUGAGAAGCAUGCUGCACCAUCGUGAGCUAGAGAACCUAAAGGGCCGGGACUGUGACCAUGAGUGCCGGGUGUGCCGGGUGUCGGUGGUGGGCCUCACGGCCUACGCCAGCCACAUCUCCAGCUCCACGCACAAGCAGCGCGUGGAGGCGCAGGAGCGCGAGUGCGCCGGAGGGGGCCCGGAGGAGAACUACUUCGACAAGGAGCUGGUGCAGCUCAUCAAGAAGCGCAAGGAAAUGAUCCGCAAAGAGGAGGAGGCGGCGAAGAAAGCGCAGGAGGAGGAGCAAAGGAAGCAGCAGCAGCUGAAUGAGGAGAGGCAGUGGCUUCACCAGCAGGGGGCGCCAUGGGGCUGGGGGUACCCCAACUUCCCCCUGUCGCCGAAGGGCCGCGGCAUGCCCAGUUGGCGGGGCGCCGGGGGUGGGUGGAGCCCUGCUAGAGCGCAGCAGGGUGGGCCGUGGCACCCCAACGAAGGGCUGCAAAACUGGCCCCACGGCCAACAGGGGCAGAGCGCCACCUGGCACGCAGAGGGCCCCCCGAAUUUCCAGAAGUGGCACCCAGCAGGGGGCAGCCUGGGGGGCGGUGGCGUUUGGGGAAGCAAGAAAAAGGGUUGCCAGGGAUUCCUUCCCCAGCAGAAAGGCAAGUCUUCUCAGUCGAGCAGCAGCAACAGCAGCUUGUACGGUGGGAACAGGUUCUACUGGGAGCAAGAGGGAGAGGCCCUCCUGGAGGGGGUGGGGCCAGACACCGCUAUGGACUUCACCAACGAUCAUCUCCCGCUGUCAGGCGCCCUCCAUUUUAACAGGGGGCACGAGGGCAACCAGGGUGACUAUCAGGGAGGCGGCUGGCAGGGGGGACAGCAGAGCCGCAAGGGGGAUCAGAGUAGGGACCGCAGCAAGGGUAACGGCAUCAAGGCUGGCAGCAACACUCCCAAAGACAAGGCGUACCGCUGGACCCCCUAUCCACCAGCCAAACUCAGUGACACACUGCCACAAAAAGAAGCCAUCAAGGACCCUGUGAUGGAGUAUGAAACAGUACCGCCUGUACAGAUGAAUGACCUGCAGCUGAACUUUGACUUCGUGCUGGGGGCCACUCGCUCACAGAUGCCAACCAGUAAGCAGCAGAGACAGAAGCAACAAGCCUUCCAGAGUAAAGAGGCUGAGCGGAGAAAGCUUCGGUGGAGGGAUUCCCCCAAAAGUAACAGCCUUAGCAAAGACAUCCAGACAUCGAGUGAACAGAAACAAGCCACACCCUUUGAGCAGACAGCCGAGAGAGCAUCAUCCACCUCCAGCCCUGGACCCUGUAGCCAAGUCUCCAGGUGGGACUGCAAGUACUUCAGCUCCCAGCUCCCCGGACCAGCAUCUCCACAGAAGCUCGGCCUCAACCCAGAGCAGGACCAGAUGAAAGAGACGACGCGGAAGACCAAAGAGUCCCUGCAGGACAGGAGGGGAUCUGCAGACACGUGGACGGCAGGCCACAGCGUGCUGCGUAUGGAGGAGGGGCAGGAGGUGGAGAGCACCGAGUGCAAGGCUGGGAGCCAGAGAGAGGAGGAGCCAGGGAAGAUGCGGGGACGCCAGCCGCUGCACAGCGACCCCGACGGCGGCAGACGCCGCUCCUGCUCGGAGGAAGGGUGCAAAAAGUCCAGCACGUCCCAGUCCGCCAGCACCUUGUCCCUGCAGUCCGUACAGGUGAGCACGUCCACCUGUGAGACGCCAGGAGAUGCCACCUCCUCACCCCGCGUCGAGGACAGGGAGGGAGAGAACGAGAGAGACCCGGCGGAGCAGGCGAUGCAGGCGAUGCAGGCGGUGGACGAGGGGCUGGGCUCGGACAGCGACGUGCCCAGGGGCGGCCAGGCGCCCGCCGUGCCCGACCUGAGCAAGCUGGGUCUCCCCGCCUCCCUGAAGCGGGACCUGACCCGCCACAUGAGCUCCAAGGGCAAGGCCGGGGCCCACGAGCCCAACCUGAACAUCGCCCGGCGCAUCCGCAACGUCAGCGGCACGCGGAAGGGCGAGGCCGACAAGGACUCGGGGCUCAGGCCCACCCUGCGGCAGCUCAUCAGCGCCACGGGGUCCCGCCGAAACGUCAACUGGGACCAGGUGUACCAGGAGGUCAGCAGGAAGAAGCAGGAACAGGGGAAGGGCCAGCCGAGGUUUGGGAUUGAGAUGGUGACCCCGGUGCCCUAUGACCUGGAGGGACUCAGCCUGGAGGAGGAGGACACUGUUUUGGCAGAGGGCUACCACUGGGACUCCAUCUGCGAGCCUUUCCCCUCCCUCCCUGGCACCGCCACCCCUCGCAAGCGCAGCCUGUCAGAGAGCAGCGUGGUAACGGACCGCACGGCCUCCGCCCUCUCCCUGUUCACAGCAGCCGCGCCCGGGGCCGACAAACCCAGAGAUCGGCCCGACGUCCCGCCCCGGCUGAGCUCCGAGCCGCAGGGCGGUGCGACCCAGAUCCCCAGAGCCGGCCCUGUGAUCACCAAGGAGGAGAGGGAGCCGGGGGAGGGCACGCCAGCGGGCCAGGGCCCCGAGUCUGUGGAGGGGGACAGCAGCUGCACCUCGGAGGCAGAGCAGAACGACACACAGGGGCUGGGGAAGAAGCGCCGAGCUGCGGGGGACAUUCCAUCCCCAGAAAUUCCCAGUUUAGAGCGGAAGAAUAAAAGAAUGAAAAUCAAACCAAAAAAAGAGGCAGAGCGCUGCCAGGUGGACCAGCUGCUGGCUGUGUCUCUGCGGGAGGAGGAGCUGAGCAGCUCCCUCCAGGCGGUGGACAACAGCCUGAUCCAGGCUCGUGCCAAUCUGCAGGCCGCGUACAUAGAGGUGCAGAGGCUCCUCGUGGUAAAGCAGCAGGUUACUAUGGAGAUGAGUACACUGAGAACCAAGCGCAUUGAGAUCCUACAGGGAAUGCAAGAGGGUUACGAUGGAGUUGCUCUGCCAGGAGAGAAGAGCAGCGCAGAGGCGUCUGCUGCAGCUGCCACAGCGGCAGCUCUGCUGUCCCCCUUUUCCCCCCUCUCAGACAUCCCCUCCUUCUCACCCAGCCACCCCACCCCAGCCACACUGCCAGCCGCCCCCCACCGGGCCACCCCUCCCUCCUCCCUGUCUUCUGCCCUCCCCGCCUCUGCCAGCACGCUCUCCCUGCACAUCAAGCAGGAGCCCGGUACCACCACUGCAGAGAACCCCGUCAGAGGCCUGCACGGGGCAGCGGUUGAGCCUUGCCUCAACACCUCACUCGCAGAGCCUGUCCUGCCUAAGCCCUCCAUGUGCCCUCCAUCACUAGGUGGUCUCCGCCAGGCCAGCUUAGACUCGCAAGAGAGUGUGAGUGUAUCCUCAGAACACAGCCAGGACCAACUGAGGGAGAGCUGCAUCCCCAUGGUCCAGGCUCAGCUGCAGGAGAGGGGGGUGCUGGUCACAAGAGCUGGCUGUUUCAGUGGCCUGGAGAAGCCAGGCGCCUCGCCCCACCAGGCCCCCUUGUCGGCCCGCCGCAGAGACUCCCAGACCGGGGCCACGGAUCACACCGAGCUGCUGACGGAGACCUCCACCAGCAGGGUGUCCGUAACCAUCGCCACUGAUCCCCUGCUCCCGCCACCAGCCUCCUCAUCGCAGCCAGACCCCAAGAGCGGGAAGCGGGUGAGGAAGCUGAAGAAGAAGAAGGUGCUGAAGAAGGCCCUGGGGCAGGAGCAGCCCGACAACAGCGACACGGAGCAGGACGGCGACACCAGCUGCCGCCCCAUCCGCAGGGUCAAAACCAAGAAGAAGGCCAAAGGAGCGCGAGUCAGCACCUCCACCCCGGCCCCCCUGGGACAGCAGCAGGAUGGGGUCUGUGAGGCGAGGGAGGGGCAAGCAUCCCCGCCCCAUAAGUCCAAGCAGGAAGGGGCUGAGAGUGACUCCUCCUCCUCCCUGGAGAUGGUGGAGCUCCCUCAGGCCGCACCCCUUGAGGUGGUGUCCAUCGACACAUCCGACCCAGAAGACGAGCCAAGCCCUCGCGCUUCACCCAAGUCCCCCUCGCCCCCCAGCGCCCCUCCGCCGACUGACCCAGUGAAGUCAGAGCCCAGUAACCUGGCUUGUGAUGAGGUCAGCUCCACCAGUGAGCUGGAUACUAUUCGAAGGACCAGGGCCCACUCCAGUAAAUCCUCACCACCUCCAUCCACUGAGAAAAUAUCCAAGAACAACUCAGGUGCAGAGCUGUCCUCGGAGCCAGGCGACGAUGAGGAGCCCACCGAGGGAUUGUUUGAGGGGCACCAGGCCGCAGUCAACGCCAUGCAGAUCCACAACGGUCAGCUGUACACCUGUUCUGGGGACCGCACGGUGCGAGCCUUCAGCCUAGUGAGCCGGAAGUGCGUAGCCGUCUUUGAGGGCCACAGCACCAAGGUGAACUGUCUGCUGGUGUCCUGUGGGCCAGGCCUGCAACAGCGCCUUUACACAGGCUCCAGUGACCAGACCAUCCGCUGCUACAGCCUCAAGACCCGGGAGUGUGUAGAGCAGAUGUCUCUGUCGGACCGGGUCCUGUGCUUCCACAGUCGGUGGAAGAUUCUGUACGCUGGCCUUGCCAAUGGAUCUGUGGUCAGCUUCAGCCUAAAGACGAACCGGCAGCUGGACGUGUUCGAGUGCCACGGGCCGAGGGCGGUGAGCUGCCUGGCGUCGGCACAGGAGGGGGCGCGCCACAUCCUGCUGGUGGGGUCCUACGACUGCACCAUCAGCGUGCGGGACGCCAAGAGCGGCCUGCUGCUGCGCACCCUGGAGGGGCACACCAAAACCGUGCUCUGCAUGAAGGUGGUGAACGACCUGGUCUUCAGCGGCUCCAGCGACCAGUCGGUCCAUGCGCACAACAUCCACACGGGGGAACUGGUGCGGAUCUAUAAGGGUCACAGCCAUGCCGUCACUGUCGUGGCCAUCCUGGGGAAGGUGAUGGUGACAGCUUGUCUAGACAAGCUGGUCCGUGUCUACGAACUUCAGUCCCACGACCGGCUGCAGGUUUACGGCGGACACAAGGACAUGGUGAUGUGCAUGGCCAUACACAAAAGCAUGAUCUACACCGGCUGCUAUGACGGGAGUGUCCAGGCAGUCAGACUGAACCUGAUGCAGAACUACCGCUGCUGGUGGCACGGCUGCUCGCUGAUCUUCGGAGUGAUGGAGCACCUGCGGCAGCACCUGCUCACUGACCACACCAGCCCCAACUUCCAGACGCUCAAGUGCCGCUGGAAGAACUGUGAUGCCUUCUUCACUGUGCGCAACAACUCCAAACAGGAAGCCCCCCUGCACAUGCAGAAACAUGCUGAGGAGGACAGCAAGCUGGAGUCCUGAGCAUCUAGGGGGCAAUCUUUCCACCUCCCAUAUUGGGAAGUCCUCAACAGAAACUCACCCUAUACUUGCGUCUGAGAUUGUGAUUCUGGUGUCAAAGUGCUGUAUGAGAUAGUGGCAGCAGACUUGGCAGAUGCGUGAUCAAAUGGAGCAGACUUCUUUUUUUUUUCUACAGUCUGCAUGGCACUUUAGAACCAGCCCCACAAUCGUGGAUGUAAGUUGUACAUUUUGACUGGUCAUGUCAGUAUUGUCCAAGUUGAACCAAUAGACUCAUUUCACCAUAAACUGUUUCCACUUUUCUGUUCCUCUCACGUGAUAACUCCUCCCACAUUAAUGGUGGGAACUGGGAGAGCGAAUGCAGAGAGGGGGGGCUGGGAGGGGGGCGGGCUCACUGUGGAAUACAGAAGAGUAAUAGAACUACUGGCGGGGGGAGGGGCCAAUCCACAGAUUUACCCCAGGAGAGGUGUGGAGUGGUGGACCCCUCACCCUGAACGGUG